AUGCCACUUUAUAACCCUUGGAGCCAACAGGAGGGAUUAUAUUGUUAUGAUAUUUCUCAGAUCUACGUAGGUGAAGAAGCUAUUGCUUCAAUUCGACAAAUUAGCGGGCAAUUACAUUCUUUGUCAAAAGGGAAUCUUUACUCAGGUUGUGUUGUUUUUGUCCAAAAUGAGUCCUUUUUUCCUAGAUCAUGCCUUGAUUGUAUCACAUUUACAAGCCAGAGAAGCUACAGUGCUGUGAGGCCUUCAUUACAUGCACUAUGUGUAACCUCUCCUCCUGCUUUUUCAUUGCUGGCGAAGCAGAAUGUAUUUCAGCUUCACAACAUACUUGGUAAAUGGUUGCAUGCAAGAUAUUUGAGUAAUGCAUCAAUUGAGCUAAAGACAGAUGAGGAUGUUAUCAGGUUUUCUUUUAAUAAGCUGGUCGGUAGAUUAGCCUCCAUAAACAGAAAGAGGAAAAUGUCUAGAAAGGCAAAAGUGAAUGAGCUUCGUUUCUAUCGUCUAAAGGCCAAAAAGAAGAUGGAUUCACCAAAUCCAGAAGUUAGGAUUAGAUAUAAACUCGAGAAGGCCAAAAGAAAGGAAGCAUGGUUGAUCGAAAAGUUGAGAAAAUAUGAGGUUCCCAAGGCCCCAGCUGAAGAAUAUGAUCCUGAAAUUUUAACUGAGGAAGAGAUACAUUACCUAAAGCGUACUGGUGAGAAGAAAAAAAACUAUGUUCAAGUUGGAAGACGAGGAGUAUUUGGAGGUGUUGUUCUCAAUAUGCAUCUGCAUUGGAAGAAACAUGAAACUGUGAAGGUCAUUUGCAAGCCUUGCAAGCCAGGGAAGGUUUAUGAAUAUGCUGAUGAACUUGCUCGACUUAGCAGAGUUAUUAUGAUUGACAUCAAACCUAACAAUACUAUAAUUUUUUACCGUGGAAAGAAUUAUGUGCAACCAAAUAUUAUGUCUCCAGCAGAUACCCUGUCCAAAAACAAAAUUACCUUUUUCUACUCAAAUAUUGCUGGCUCUGGAAAAAUACAAGUACGAACAAUCUCUCGAUCAUACAAGUGAAUUCAUUGAGAAGUUGGAGAAAGAGCUGGAAGAGUACCUUGAGCAUAAAGCUCGGUACCAUAAAGCAAAAGAGAGUGAACCACAGGAUUUCCCAGACGAUAAUGGAUGCAUCUCAACUUUGAGUUAAAUAAUCAUCUUCUUGACUGGAUGAUACAGACCGCAAGCAAAACAUUGAUAAGUGUUUUAUUCGGUUGAUGACAUCAAGUUAUUUCUCAUGCCGCAAGCAUUCAGUCAACUUUUGACCUUAUGAAGUUCCAAUUUGAGAUACUCCUUCGAUAGAAGACGCCAGCGACAAACAUGAAGCUGCCGCUAAGACAGUCGACUUCUCGAACAAAGAACAAGCACUAUCAACAGCAGAAGGUGAAGUAUAGGAAUUGAAAUCAGCUAUUGAAAGUAAACGUCCUCUCAGAGCAAGAAAAGGAAAUUGAGAAGAAGAAAGGAAAAAUGGAAAAGAAAAAGGAAAAAAAAAUUGAAAUAGUAUAAAAACAUAUUUUUUAUUUAUUUUAAUAUAUUAUUUAGAUUAUGACAUCAUUAUAGCACCAUUUAUGCCACGUGUUAUAAUUUUAUUUUGUCACGUGUUUUGAA